CAAACGUUUAAACACUACAGCCACGACAACAAAAGAGCAGCAAAAACUGCGCUAAAAUCAUGUCCUCAGGUGGACUUAAAUCAAUUUCGGAGUCCCCGAUUGACAGUUUAAGAGAUAGUGAUCAAUAUAGCCUCAAGGUUAGGCGCAACUCGGGUCGAACCGAUCGAAAGCGGAUGAAAAUAAACGUUUAGCAACGACACUACCUAAAAUUUGUUUUCCUUCAGGGAGAUGUGCUUUUAGAAGAAAGCGAAGACGAAGGAGCUAUGCCGAUUGAAAGCAUCGGAGGUUUCUUCAUAAAACACGGUACUUUUAUUGGAACGGAAACCGAUCCAGUAAUUUCUCAUGGUGUUGAUGUUAGCGAUAGCGAUUACGAUACUGAUCUUGAAACGGAAGGUGCGUGAUGUUUAGAUUUUGCUUCUUUAUAUUUAAAUUACUCCAAAUUUUAAAUUAACAGUAAACGAGCAGUCAUUUUUGCACAAGAGCAGAAAUUUUAUGGGUGCUCAGCUCUGUAUACAAAUUUUAAAUUACAUAUAUAUAAGCCGAAAACGCACUUAAAAACGUUUUAAACAUAACCCUAAUGUCUUUCUUAAUUAAGCAUAAAAUCAAAACUCGAUUAUUUUUUUCGCGUAGUCAUAUUUCUUUUAUUACAAAAAGUAAACAAAUUUUUAACCAAACGCUUAACUGUGUAUUAAAAUUUCCUCCAUUUAAAAAUAUCAGUGAAGAAAAUAGAAAGUGAUAGUUUUCAGAACAACGUUGAUGAAAUUGUUUUGAAUUUGUAUCGACUCCCAGUGAUUAUAGGUACUUUUUCAUUGUCUGCUUCCAUUUUAAUUAAAUUUACAGAAAAAAGGUUCAUACUUAUAUAAAUUUUUGAAAACAAAUUGUCCGUUUAUCUUAAAAAGUAAGAACAUAGAAGAAAGAGACGAUGAAAAGAAAAAAUUAUUUUUACAUGCGUUUUCUUUUUAAGAGCUUUUAAACUUAUCACUCAAUAUCAAUAAAGUAUACUUAACAAUACUACAGAAAAAAAGGGACAAUACAUGGUAGGAGUCCAUCAAAGAAUUCGUCAGAUGAAGUUUGAUAUGAACUGUAAAUGUUGAACCAUGCAUGUAACUACGAAACCAUGAUGCCUAACAGGAAGUUGAAACACAGGUCUUAAGGCUGAUUUAGCAACAGAACGGGAACGUCAGUUGAAGAAGGCGCGCGCAAAUCAAACACCUGGCUUGACCAAUGGCUGAGCGACUGGCUGAGCAGAAAACUGGGCACCGGAGGUAGAGUUUAGUCCUUUUCGCGCGCUUUGCCAUCGUCAAAUGACGUUCCCAUUCUGUUGCUAAAUCAGCCUAAUAUCGUAUCGAGAGUUCUUAUCGACGAAGCCGAAGCUUUUAGCUUCGUCGACAAGAGAUCUAACUACGAAAAGAGGACGGAUCUGGUUCCACUUUCCUUCUAGAAAAGACUGAUGCUCAGGCCAUGAGUUUGUGACACGACUGUGUUUCAUUUCCAGAAAAAGCUGAAAAGUAUGACGCAACUGGAAGGAAAUUGUACAUGGCAGCGUGUAAAUGUUUGAACAUAACACCUGUUUCGUUCUUCCUGAGGAACAUACAAGAAAAGAAACUCAACUUUAAACACCGCUUAUUGGGGCCGAAAGGCGGAAGGGCGAUCGCUGCUGCUCUAGAGGUAUAACCGUCACCCAACGUCUUUUGCUUCACUUGCUUUCGAUAGACCAACAAUGCAAUUGUUACUUUUUCGCUUGUUAUCAAUUCUCCGGCGUGGCCUGCCAGGCAUGGUCUCCUACAGAGCCACUUAGGGUAUGAGCACCAGCCGGAUCAUUCUCUGCAGUUCGAUAAUUUAUAAUCGCCUCUGCGCUUUCUCAGCAUUAAAAAUGUUAAAGGCCCUGCAGUCCCGCUUUACGUCAUCGAGAAAGUGAACGCGGAGGUAUUGUUGCUAAACAGGUCCUCACUUGCAACUUUCGGAUCAAGAAAGGCGAGGUCUAACUUCAGCAUGCUGCCAUAUCUUGAUGUCUUUUCGUUCUUCUGUGUUUUUUGAAAAAGAAACUAGAAUCUGUGCUGCAGAAGGUUACAGUUUGUCUUCAAAUAGUUUGCUCUCUAGUCCUCAUAAACGCUAGGUUUGAGCAUCAUUUGCACUAGAUGUUAAAUUCUUUUAAUCGUUUUCAUUUGUCUACCAUGUGCUUAAUUUUCUAACAGUUCCUCUUCAAUUUUAGCAAAAUACGACCCUGACAAGUCUGAAUUUGCAUGAUAAUUACUUAGAAGGGGACGGUGGGGCGGCUAUUGCUGCUAUGCUCAAGGAAAACUGCUACAUCACAGAACUGGUAGGUGGCAAAUCCCUGUUUAGCCUGUGAACAAGCUUCUAAAAGGCGAGGAUACAAUGCGCCACACUUAGCAUGUUCAUCAGAACCUUAUCUUUUCGUACCCGUUUCCUUCACCAUACCCCUUGUAGAAGGCCUAAAUGUAAUAAACGACCCUUAAUGUAAUUAAGUCCUAAAUGUAAUAACAUUUUGUCCUAAAUGUAAUAACAAUUUGCCCUAAAUGUCAUAAACUCUUAAGUUGCCAAUUACAGUAAUUACUCGAAUAAGUGCCGCCCUCAAAUAAGCGCCGCAUUUUUGGAGAAAAAUUACGCUAAUUCGCGUAAAUUCGGUACAUUUCCUUAUGCACUGUGAAACUUAACGUUUACAAAUAAAUUGCUUGUAAACGACAACUGGAAAAAAUGUUUUCCUGUGUUUGUGAGCCUGAUAUAAACACUCGAGGGGUUGGGAGAAUUCGAGACAGUUAUGCAAACCCUCGACUUCGUCUCGGGUUUGCAUAACUGUCAAGAAUUCUCCCAGCCCCUCGAGUGUUUAUAUCAAGCUACGCAAACACAAGAAAAAAGUUUUCUAUUGCUUUUAUAAAAUCACUUUCCCGAGAAAAGAGAAAAACUCUUUGUUUAGGUUACUGAUUAAAAGAGAAAUUCUUACCAGUCGCGAAGUCUUGUACACGAAGCUUAAUGUAAUCAGUUCUUGUUUUGCAAUAAAGAUGCUUUCCAAAAAAGGGUUUUUCUCGCUUAAAAUGUCAGCUUAAGCGAAAAAAAAUUGACACAGCAUGUUUGUAAAGAUUUUACAAGUUUCAUCCGACUAGGGAAUGGAUAAAUAAAGUAAAUUUGUCGAUUUUUCAACUCAAAACAUUUUAAAAUUCGGGCUUGUAUGAUUAGCGCGCGAAGAGCAAAACAUCUUGACUCCACACAUGUUUACAUUCUCUCAUGCAAACACAUCUCUCGGCCAAUUAGAGCAUGCAGGCGCGUACUAUCUUAGUUAUUUAUAAACGUUGUUAUCAGCUGUGCAGUAGUCUUUAGGGCCUGUUUACAUGGAGGUGGGGGACCCCAGAUAGGUGAGGUAACAUGCGGCGGGUCACCCCACCUAUCACGUAAACGUGAUCAAAUUAAAAUGAGAGAUUAUGUGGACAGGCGGGUUACACACCAAAGCGGGUUACCUCACCUACCUGGGGUCCCCCACCUCCAUGUAAGCAGGCCCUUAGACUUCUCGUUUUUUGUUCUUAAUAUUUUAGCUCUGAUUAGAUCUCUUUUCUAGAGAUCCAACGUUGACAAGCAACAGGUUCUUGGUCCACGGUUUUUGUCAGUAGUAAAUUUCUUUUGACAAAAAUGAAGUAUGAAAAACUUUUUAAGGCUUACAAGUUUUUUGUUUUGUUUUGUCCCUUUACAAGCUAUUUAUUUGUAAACGUCAAGUUACACAGUGCAUAAGGAAAUGUACCGAAGCUUAUUAAAUUUUUUUCUCCAAACAUGCGGCGCUUAAAACCAUAGUAAUACCUCUUAGUACCGUGUUUACCGGAAUAAGCACCGCGUCGCUUAUUAAAUCCCCCAAAUGCGGUGCUUAUUUGAGGACGGCGCUUAUUUGAGUAAUUACUGUAAUUUGCAACUUAAGAGUUUAUUACAUUUAGGCCUUCUACACCCCUCAUGUGAGCAUGGGUUCCCAAAUGUGGUGAGCUUUGGUUGUCAGACAAUCACUUGUUUUGAAAUACUAUUAUUCCUGGGGAGGAUUGAGGAAAACGCUUUUUAUCCAGUGAAUUCAUUUAUCCUAAAGGCCCUUUCUGUUAUAGUUUUUUUUUAAGACAGUUUGUAUCCGUUUUCCAUGCAUAUUGUUUCAUUAUAUUCUAUUUAAUACUUACUGCGGUUUAUCUUUUAUGAAGGAUGUUUCUUCAAAUCAUCUUGGUGCUCGUGGCUGCCAGUGGAUGUGUGAUAUGCUACAAAACAACGUCACCUUACUUAAGAUAAACCUGUCGGACAACGACUUUAAUGACAAGGAUACAGUUUUUCUACUGGACGCCUUAAAGGUACAAAACAGCGUAAUAGACUGAUUUGCAUAUUUACGUCAAACGGCAAACGUUAAUCAUUUGUAUGUGCGGACCAAGUUUUCCCUUUACUUCAGUGUCCUCUUUAGUUUUUAUCUGCUCAUUUUUUUUUUAGAGUUUCUCAAACUGAAUCUGAAUUUAAACGUUUGAUAUAAACGUGACUGUGUUUCGGCUACUUUACGGCUGAAAAUGAUAAUACUUACACUAAACUUGCCAGCUACAGCUGGUUAUAUGUGAUGAGGUAGGUUAAUAGGUUAUUUUGUCUUUGAUCUCGUUUUGUCUGGAAAGUCUGAAAUAUAUAAGAGUUUGGAUUAUCCCGUUAUAAUUUCAGUAACACUAUCAUUUUGUUUCUUUCCUGAAGGGAAAUGAUAAACUAACCUGGAUGAACCUUAGCUGUAACAAGUUCUCAGAGAAAUCAGGGGAUAAUCUUGGUCUAGGAAUAAGUAAGUUAUAAGUAUAACUUGAUAUCAAAUGCUGCAUACUAUGACCUUGAAUAAAGCUUGACUUUUGAACUGGCCAUGGCUUCAGAAUUUAGUCAUUAUAUCUUCUCGGCAUUGGUAAUGGUUCAGUUCUACUGUUUAAUAAGUUAGUAACUUAGAAUAACUAGCUUCAUACACAACGUAUUCCUUACAAACAGUAAACUUUUGGGACGAGUAGGUCAAAAUAACUGCUAGGAGCGGGAAUAUCAAAAAGUCUUGAGAGGGCGAGGCGAUGUGAUGUCAUAUUAUUGUAUCAUGCUUGACUAUAGACAAUGGCUACCUUCAGUAUGUGGGCUGAAAUUGUUAUUUUCUUCUGACUAUAUUAUUUCAGUAUGGUGAAUAUAAAUAUAAGAAAAAAAGCACCUUAAGAAGAGUUUAAAAUAUCAUCAGCGAUACCAUUAUCAUUACCGUUAUUCUAACUUUUUCAUAUACAGGCUCCAACGAUUCUUUAGAGCACCUGGAUUUAAGUUGGAAUCACAUUCGACGCCACGGUGCUAUUGAAAUUGCAAAUGGUUUACGGGUAAGUAAAGAAGAUCAGAACAGCCUUCUUUUUACAUGGCCAGGCGUUAAGACAUACAUGUACACGUUUGUGUUGGCCAGCGGUGCGGGGCUAUGUCACGCUCGGAACCAAGUGAAUAGAGAGCUUUAGAUUCUGAGACGAGGACGACUACGAGCAUGAUGUUUUCUCAGUACUGAGUAUUGCUCACGCGUGAACCAAGCGUCAUUUGGGAGGGAAAAAUGUGAUAACCAUCGUCAUUCUACUACGAGUUUUAGUGAGAAUGUCGUAGUGGCGAGAACAAGUUAUCAAAUCUAAAAAGAUUUUUCAUUUUGCUUUGGGGAGAGGGUUUAAUCUCCUUCAGCAUAUUUAACUGUACUAAGUUUUUUGGUGAAAGAAAGUAAAAUGAGCUUUCCGGGGUUUAUUUAUUUUUAGAACACGCGCGAAAACUUCAAGUUAAACCUCGUAUUCGUUCUCGUUCUUAAAUCUAAAGCUCUCUAAUGAUUCAAGCCUCGGCUGUCAGCAUUAAUAGUGGUGUUUUCCACAGAAAGAAACAUUGGAUAAGGGUUAGUUUAGUUAGUAUCUGAUGACUGCAGGAAAGAAAGCAAGAUCUUCGAAACGUAGGCUGACAUGAAGUAAGGUCCUGAAGCAACUUCUUUCUUAAACAAGUUACCACAAUAUACUGAGGCCUCUUACGGCGUUCUUACACGUUUCAGUAUUACCUCAAGAAGCUUGGCUAUAAAAAGAAAUGAGCCCAAAGUGAUCCAGGUUUUCCCUAGGUUAACUGAAUCUAACUUACACUAAAGAUAGUCAUAAGUAUUGCAGGUUAUCUGGUUUUUGUUUCUCUCUUUCAGACGAACUGUACUCUUAAGACAUUCAAUCUGUCCUACAACGGAUUUUCCAAUGAUGGAGCUGUCGCUUUGGGGGAGGCUGUUCGAGCGAAUAAUACACUCCUUGAAUUAGAUAUCAGGUUUGGCUACCACAAGACACUUUAGGAUAAUAGAAACUUACCAGACCCUUUGAUCACCAGUUGCAUAUACUAACGUUUUUCCGUAAUGACCACAAUGAAGUCAAAUGACACUUUUAUAUACGUUGGGUACUUGGACCAACUUUUCAGCAAACGCGCAACACCUGUGAAGUAUAUGUCUGUAUUUUGUUCUUGAACCACCCCUUAAGAAUAAUCGGAAACGAAAAAAGCGUACUUUCAGAAUAUAGACGCAUCUGAACUUAUGGAGUAGAAGCACCUAUUUUAUUAACAGGUCAUUUGUGACUAUUAACUCCCUAUUUCUUUUUAGCAAUAACAGAAUUACAACGCAGGGUGCGAUGUGCAUCGCUAAAGGUCUUGAAGGAAAUAACACCCUCGAAAUACUAAAGGUAGCAGAUUGUCCUUGUAAAAGCAAGCUUAUAGUUCUACUUGCAGUUAAGGGAAAUAGUAAUUUUCGUAGCUAACUUAGCUGUGAUUUAAAAUAGAUAAACGUUGAAUAAUUCAAAUUCCAUGACAUGUUUUACAUUGCCGCAUCAUGUUAUGCUUUACUAUAUGAUCAAAGAUGUCAAAGAUUAUUUCUUUUGUUCCACGAAAUACCGGAGGCUUUUUUUAAUAACCAAGAAUGUAACAUUCCCAUUUGAGUCGGAUGCAGAAUGAUAUAUAAAUUGUGAAAGGUUUUUGAAAUGGUAUUGUCAGCAGUUCUCAUUAUAACUAAAGACUGAGCUAUGAGGAAAGGUUCCAACUUAAGUAUGAGCUUAAAAACAAGUUUAUGCGUUAGUACCUUUUGUAUUGUACUCUGAUGACGUUAAAUUAGACCAUAGGAAGAGAGUAUGAAGUUAGCUUCUAUCUUGUAAACAUUACGUUUUAUCGCCUAGGUUGGAAGUAACCCCAUCGGUACCGAAGGUGCAAAAGCUAUUUUAUCAGCAGCUAAGAACUUCGCCGACAGCGCCUUGACAGAAUUGCACUUCAAGGUAUUAUUAUUCUAUGAACUAUAUUUCGCUCACAUCGAAUCCCCAUACGUUCGGUUUUACUGAGCAAACCUUUGCAAGAAUGAAAGACUACAAUAAAAGUUAUAUCAAAAUUCUAUAAAAGUAAUCACGUAGGAAAAGGUUAGUUUCUCGGGCUUUGAAGUCCAGAAAAGGAGAAUAUACAACUAUUUGUCAGGUUUUCAAUAUUUUUGUUGUAUCUGUUGUCUAAUUUUUUUUUUUUUUGCCUUCAGAUCCAUCUGAUCAUAUGACUUCUGUCUAUUGUUUGUUCGAUAUGCAUGAACUUGUAUAAUACGGCUUGAGGGAAUAUUAAAGGGGUUCUUUGCUACAUAUGGCACAUAUAAUAAUUCAACCUAUUUACUCCUAUCACCAUAGGAUAUAUACUUAGACGAAUCCUUUGAUCAGCUUCUGAAGGAAGUGCGUCAAGUGAAGCCUGACAUUCAAAUCAGAGCCAAUCUUCGUCCAGGCGUGAAGGACCCUCUGAGUGUUGUAAAGAGCUUUGUAUCAAACAAUCAAGAUCAAUGGAUGGAAUUUUGUCAGGAGUAUAAUGACUGCAAAGGGGCAAUGAAGAUUUCAAGAACGGACUUUGUGAAGUGCCUAAAGGUACAUAACAGUCUUUUCAUAUCAGCGUUCAUGUAGAGAUUGUUUCUUCUCACUUCGAUUCGUCGGCACUUCCACGUUAUAAUGUUUGCUGUGAUAAAAACCACGUACUUAGUAUUAACAAAGUAUUCAUUGGCGGAACAGGCAGGAAAAUAUAUGUCACAUAUAUGCCGUCUUUAUUAGUUUUCUUGGCACUCAUACUUAUAUCGCUCUCAUUCAAAAGCCACGCCCUACCCCUGUCCACAAUUUCAUUUCGUGAGGGCAAUAAAGUGUUAGGCUCUGACAGAGGGAUAUAUUGCAGCUCAAAGCAGAAUUGCAGAAAUCAAAACAGAAAUCAAAAGUGACGCAAUCUGAUCUUCCUUCGACCUACGCUGGCUCUAAGACACACUUUCCUACAGUGCUUGGACUCCAUGAUUUUUAUGUUUUAUUUUUGCAGAGGGCGGAUAUUACAUUCGGAAUAGAACAAACAGCUCGUCUGCUGGCACGCCUUGAUCCUAAGAAGGAAGGUUCUAUCAACUACAAGUACGUAACUUUUGAGCUGAUAAGUUAG